AAAGUUGGACGCGAUCGGUCACGCAGUAUUAAAGAAGCAUGCGAACCGAAUGUGUUGUUGUCGGGAUAGUGUAUAUGUACAUGUCAUACAUAGCACCACAGGCACAAAGUGUGAGCACUUUUCGUUGCAACGCUCGUUCAACUGGGAAAUAUGACGAACCAACCAUUUUUGAUAGUGUUUUUAUAACGUCAGAAACCGUAUACUCAUUCGAAUGUCCUGAAGAUGGUGGUAAUCGAAAAAUCGUAACAUAUGACGACGAUUAUGAUAGUCAAUAUGACAACAUUAAGUUUGUAAACUCAGUGAUGGCCGAUAUUCCAUCCCAAAUUUUUUCAUUCGACUCACGAAACCUAUCCCUUGUUCAGUGCGGUAUUCAAAGAAUAUUAGACCGUAGUCUGAAAUCAGCAUUUCAUCUACGCGAAUUAAAUCUGGCACAGAAUAAUAUAACGGAACUUAAAAACGAUGUCUUCGAGGGUGCUGUUCGGCUAUUAACGCUCAAUCUUACUGCAAACUCCAUCAGCGUUAUAGAGAGUUUCGCCUUUCUACAUCUGCGUUCACUUACGGUGCUUCUAUUAGCUCAAAACAAAUUGCAAACGUUGCCCGAAAACGUAUUUUCCGGUGCUAAGUACCACUUGCCGGUGCUAAGUACUAUAAAUCUCGCCAGCAACGAACUGCGUGUACUGGAGAAGGGUCUGUUCUCAACAAAUGCACAUCUCACCACAAUCCAGCUUCAAAAUAAUCAAAUCAACGCCGUCGACGAAAACGUAUUUUACAACGAAGCCGAUAGCCAACUUUCUAGCUUAGAGUACAUUAUACUUAGCAACAAUAACAUAACAGAAAUUAACAUUCCCAACGUAAGGGUACACAAUCUCAUACUAAGCAACAACAGGAUCACGCACAUCCACAUAUCAUCCAAAGUGCACUAUCUGCAAGCUGAAAAUAACCGGAUAUCCUCCAUCACGUUCGAUAACGUGUCAGAAGCCGAAUUGCAGCAAUUGAAACUAAAGAAUAAUUCGAUAUCUUCUCUUGACGUCAUUGGUCGGUUGCAAAAACUGGAAACACUGGACUUGUCUUACAACUCACUCGAUCCGCUAAACGUAACAACUUUCGGAAUGCUCAAACACUUGACAGUGCUGGACUUGGCGAAAACGAACAUUUCAAAUCUGCAGCACGGUACAUUCGGGCAUCAGCAGGCUUUAACAUGGCUCGAUCUGUCGUACAAUAACUUGGACCAACUGGAUAUAGAUGUGCUAGUGUCAUCUUCGAGAUUGGAAAGCCUCUACUUAGAAGGCAAUCACUUGACGCACUUGGAAUAUUCGAAGAUGAAAACAUAUUUCCCAGGACUUAAAGAUAUUGGUAUUGGUGACAAUGACUGGAACUGUGCGUACCUAACUAAACUGGUAACCUACUGUAAUGAACAGUCUAUAGAACUCUACAAAACGGCCACUUUAGAUGUUCCCAAAAAUCAAACACAUGUAAAAGGUGUUUACUGUUCCGAUGAUAAGUAUCUGACGCGCAACUGGACGACGGCCAUAGAACAUCUUUAUAAAGACACCAACCGUUCUGCUGGCGAUGCUCUAGAACAAUUGUUCCGGAACGUUUUGGCAGACGUUAGAAGAUCUGGCAGCGAUUAUUCCGAAGCGAUCAAUAAAACUCUCAAGAUGACAGUGUUUAAUCUAACCAAACAACUGUUUCAAUUGCAGAGCGAUCUCGACACACUCCGCCAGGCGCAGCUUGAGACACAACUGACAUUUUUGUCGAAUCACACACAAAACUCGAACUGUAGCAUGGACGAGCGGAAACGAGUGAUAGAAAGUACCAACAUGAGGAUUGAUAAGCAAGAGCUUGCUAUCAAAAUGAUGGAGCUCAACUUUAGCCAACAGUUGUCGAAAGUAAACAAGGCGUUGGAAAUGGCGAACGAAAAUAUUGAUAAGCUGACAGUUCUAAUGAAACAAAUGAAACAAUCGCCCAACAAUAUAGAUGAGGCGAAGAGUUACAGUGCCUUAGCAGUGGAGAAGCAGACUCAGCAAGCCAAAUACAGCACAGACGAUCCGCACAAGGGUCACAGCAACGUUUGGAUCGUCGCAGUGCUACUGGUGAAUGGAUUGAUACUAAGUCUGUUGUUUGUCAAUCUGUACAACAAAUACUACCGCUCACGAACAGUUCAGAGAAAUCAAAUAGAGAAUUCAAGUUUGACGACGAUCGUUGACCAUGAGAUAUAAUGUGUUUGCGACCAACAACGCAACAGAACGGUGACGCUUCAGGUGUUCUCGAAGAGCAGUCAAGACUAGAAGACAAGUAGUUCAGAGUGAGAUGAUCGUUAUCAUUUUGAAUGCACCGUACCGCACCAUUAUCACCUUUUGUUUAAUCUUAGAAGAACGGACCGGGCCGUAUUUAUUGUUCCUAAAUCCUAAAUUCUAAAUUACCCGACUACUACGUAAUUAUCAUAGAAAACAAGAGCCCCAAAGAGCUAAAUUAUGUUAAUUAGUAUUUUGUUUGAUAGCCUAACCGUGUAUUGGUCGGCUAAUAAUGACAUGAAGCUCCAACGCUGCGUCCUGUGAGACGCUGUGCGCCUUUACGAGUGCAAAUGCCAACCGCAAAACGUGGGCUAUUGGUGUCAUUCUAAGCAGCAAGCGUGAUCUUCGAAAACUUGCCGUAACUUGGAUAACACUAGUUUGUAACCAUCUUUUCAAAAUACAUUAAAUUAUUAAGGACAACUUUAAACACGCUUCUCAGGCAACAAUGAAAACGAUGACAAACUAUGAACAAGAUAAGACGGUAAAACAAUCUCCGGGUAGCCGUUUAAGUGGCUUACAGUAUAUGUUAUCCAACUGUUCAUAAUGUUAUCCUCUUGGCAUCAUCUCAAAUAUGUUACUGGACAUUCUAAAACAUUAAUAAGAAAGAACAGAAAUCAUCAACAGUAAAAUAUAUAACAAAAAUAACU